CUUGAAAUUCGUGUCGGGGCCCUGAACCAGCGUAAAAUAAAGCCCAGAGCUAUGCUUCAAUAUGACGGGGUUUAAUCUUUCACCCGUCUUCAAUGUUGGGAUUUUGUGUUUGACGGGGGUUCCAUCGUUCAUCCGUCUUGAACUACGGGAUUCUUAUUGACCUUCUGACCGAAAUCAUAAUGAGCUGUCUGUCUGACGUCACAGAAGAUCUUAAAAACAUACACAGAACUUUAGAAAUGCAAAACACUUGCAGUGGGCUUGGUCGACUGGUUGCUAUUAUAUGGGCGCUGCUUAGUGUAGUUUUUAGAAAGCCAAUCAAUAUACUUAUAUUGAUAUAAUAAUACAUGCUCUUAAAGGCCGAAAAAGACGUGCUUAGAUCUGUGUUUGCUACAACGAUAUAAGGUAAGUUUUGCUUAAGUUGUGUGAAAUGCUUUGUUUUGGUUUACGACAACCACGUGUAGUUCGAAUACGGCUGAUACCAUGUGAUGGAGGGUGCCACAAGCAAGCAAACAGGGCAGGGACCUCGGUAUUGUUUGUGUUUAAAUACAAAUAACACCAAAAUUAAUUGCUUAAUAUCUAAUCUGCCGUGUGCUUGGGAGAUUUUUUGAAAACUUAAUUAAGACCAGCCUACAUUAAAUGUGAGCAUGCUUAACUGGGCGAUGAGAGCGAGCUAAGACUGGGACGGCGCACGAACUUCAAUGCAGUACAAAUGCAACAUAUUGUAACACCCAGCACAAUUUUAAAAAACUACCAAUUCAAUAUCACUAUUUAAUUUAAUCCCAGCAAACACUAACAUGGACAAGAGGCGUAUACGAACGAAUCUGCUAAUCCAUGGCAGGUUUAUAUUUUUGUUUACGCAUAGUGAAAAACACUCUCCUCGCUUGAUGCGAAUAACAGCUUUAGGCCGAACUCUGAUGGCGUAACAGUAAAGAUAGAUAUUUUAUACCAUUUUAAACUUCGAAUGGGAUGUCUGUUUUUGAAUAGUACCUGGAGAUUUCACAGGUUAAUAAGGUGCAAGACUUCUUAUCUGUAUCGAUCUUUGAACUACCUGAAGAUGAGGAAUCCUACUCAUUCCAGUUUCUUCAAAUCUGUUUUAUAAUCAAACAAUUUCAUGUCAUUAGCGAGCUAGGUGUUACAUCUUUUACUUAUGCGAAAAAGAUGAUCAAACGAAAUAUCAUUCCAUACAAUAUACGCUCAAACAUAAGGGAGAGGUUGGUUGCAUAAGCAAACUAACUUAGCAAACAUUUUUUGAUAGCAACCACCUGCAACCAAAUGGUAUAAAUUAAGUGUUGCAUUCUAUAAUUCUGUGAUGUAUCGGACUUACUCUUACGAAUUGAAAAAUUUUUCCGCGAUUUUAUCUUCCAUGUUCCAACCUGAGUUUAAAAUCACUGGUCAUGCAAUUUUAUUGUGAUCUCAAAGUGGUCAUUUCAUUAAAAGCAACAAAUGUAGAUACUAGAGAGUAAACUUAUGCAAAAUCUAAAAAGCAUUUUUCCGAGUAAAUCAGAAUUUGUUGAAUAACUAUAACAAUUUGGGUGUUGGAAUAUCAGAAUAUUGCAGGCCUAGUAGUUAGACAAAAGCUAUUCAAUGUGGGCACUACGAGGCUUAGACCAUUGCGUGCACAUCCUGUAUUCCUGUCAGACAUCGUGAAUCCACCUAUGCUGCCCAUACGUAACAACCAGACACUAAAAGGGCGGCUAUGUUGUCUUGUACUAAACCCUCAAGGGGUUUGUACCUAAACACGCAAUAUUGGUUUGUAUAUUUUACAAAGCAAAUGAGAAUAAAGCGUCGUUUAAGUCUCGUCGUAACAUAUCUCCUCCCCAUACAAAGCCAUUUCACACUACACACUUUUAUACAAGGAACCAUUUAAGGAACCUACAUGUAGAAGUAGAAGGCUGAAAAUGUUGAAGGGCUUGUACUACUUAAAGCAAAAACUCUAACAAACUUAUCAAUUUUGAAUACUUUUAUCACUGCAAACAAUCAAGAAUUAAGACACCAGUUGCAUUCAUUGGCAGUCAAAACUCAUUGUGUGGGUCAACCACAUAAAUCCGGGCCCUAUAUGAAGAUGCCAAAGAAUACUACAUUACAUCAGACGAUAGCAGUGGAAUAGACAUUGUACUACUUUUUAUCUGACAUUGUAGCCACUUUAACAUAUAUUGAACUUCUAUUUUGCCUUCUUUGUGUUUUAGCCCUAUGGUCCUUCCACUCAUGACAUAAAGUUGUCUAAGACAUGAAAUUCAGUUAUCUACGAUUUUACAGCUAAAGGCAGUGUUUACGUACAGUGCCAGCCGAGGGGCAAAUCACUCUAAGAAAACCUCGUACACCUUUCGUGAAGAUCCUAAUGUUUUAUCUGAAAAUCCCCCAAAAUCAUUUUGUUUUAGGCAAAAUCUCGUACGCUAUUUGCAAGUGUGAAUCGCCCCUCGGUGCCAACGAUACACCAAGCUGGGGGAAAACGAGGCUACAUGAUCACAUGGUUUAGCCACCAAAACAACCAACAGAAAUUUAAACGAAUAUAGAAAUAGCAGAACUUUAAAAUUUUCAAAAACAGUUUUUCAUGGUUCCAAAAUACAAUGGGUUUCACGUUGGAGCUGCUGAUGAUUCUGUUAUGCAUAUGAGAAUAAUUUAUUGGGAGAAAGUGGCGCCCUUGCUAAGCGUACAUCAAAGGCACCUUUUCUUCUAAAAAUCGUUUCCAAACAUAAAAAGAAGGCUUCUGAUUUUUCUUGUUGUAGCUUAAUGAUCUUAACAGGGUUCUGACAGUGUUUUUUAGCCUUGACGGAACAGUAAGGUAGAAAAAUUGUGCUGUAUUAGAUUAAAGCUAAUUAAGAUCAAUCUUAUGACAUUCUUAAAAUAUUAAGCACUUUCAGUAGUUCCUGCUACCAAAGUAAAACAGAUGUGAUGCGAAAGUUGACGGCUAUCGCUGGAUAUUUCACGUCUAAGACAAAUGGCAAAUUGACACCUAGACAUGUUAAAUAAAGAAGAUUUUUUGCGUCAAUUCUCAUUUAGGCCACAAAGCUGAGAUUUCCGGGGAAAACUGAGCACUUGGAACGUACCAUAGAGCAUUCGUUUCGUUUUUACAAAGCAAAACAAAUUUGAUAAAUAUUCAGAGUAGAUCGCCGGUAUUUGGGGAACUAUAAAACUUUAAAACAACAGAUAGUAGUGUAAAUUCGAUACAAGUCUAAUGAUAGAAUGCACAGUUUCCCACCAACAUAAAAAACCCGAAAUUCAAGCAAGCUCUGGUCGAGGCUCUUCAAAGGAAGAAAUUUUCGAUUCUCUGUUGCUUCUCUGUUCUAUUCUGCCAAAAUCAACAGGCAACCUGCUUUGCCACCUUGCCAAAACCUGAACAAAGGUGCAACACUUCUACGUUCUCUUCACACACAAAUUUCCCACCGUUAAUGGCGAACUGUCGUUUUCCUAAGCCCGCAACAACAAACUGGUAAAGUCUCCGGUGUGAAGUGAACAUAACAUGACCAAAACCAAGGCCAUAGUACUGAUAGCAGUGUGAACCAUAGGCACAGCACUGCGUAUGCAAAUGGUUUUCUAUCAGGCAGUAUCAACUCUUGGAUCUGCUUUAUCGAUACAAAGAGCAAGGCGAAGUAUGUCUAGGAUCAGUUAACGUGGAACUGCUGCAACUUCACAUGUCAAAGCCAUGCCCACGCUGUCAAUUAAAUUUCAAGAUAACCGGUAAAAGAUACCACUUUUGAUGUCAUGGUAGUCAAUAGCUAUUUGUUUUCAGGGAAAAUUGAUUAAUAAGUAAUAGGGCAGAGGACCUUUCCUACAUUACAGAAAUCCACGCUUAUAAUUAUAAUCGAUCAAUUUUGUCGUCAUAACCAGUCGCCAAUUAUUGUGAUUAAUGAUCCACAACAUGUCUAUAUGCUAUAAACCUUUUUUCACGGUACCGUGCUUGGACACACCGUCCUUCAUUAGCUGAGCGUCUACGGAGAGGUGUUCUGGUCAUGGUCGAUCGUUUAAAGCAGGUACGCUACCAAAAAUGAAUGAUUCGUAUUUGUUGUAUUUUGGUUUUCUAUCUAUGAUCGGGUUUGAGAAAGGUUUGAUGAGACCUUUUUGUAACUUUCUGUUUUACAUCAUUGCAAUAUUAGCAGCUUUGACCAAACUUUUAGUAAAAAAUGAUCGCAUGUUUACCAUCUGGAAGGAGUGAUCUUUUCGAUGCGAACGAUAUGCCUGCGAUUCGUAUUGCCGCCGGUAUGUUGAAGUUGCGUCAGACAAUCUUGGGAGCUAAUUUAUCUUUUAAACAAUUCUUUUAUUGAUAAAGCAAGUUUCCGUAAACACGGAUCCAUUUUCAUCUAACAAACACUUAUACAAAGUCUCAGAAAAGCAACAGGUCCAACAGCCAUAUAUAACUCGUUUUUCUUCUAUUCAUUUCUUACUUAACUGUAUUCUAAUAAUGUUAUGGUAUAAAGCUCAUGUUAUGGUUGGCAAAUACUCUUGAUAGAUCGUCCUCAAUUUGCAGAAAACUCUUACAGAUGACGUCUUACUCGUACCAAUGAUACAAUUAUUUCUUUUUUGUUUAAAUUGUUCAAUGUUAUUCAGGCAGAAUGUACAAUAUUUAAACAAAAUAUUUGUGCAAUUGUUUACGGGGGGAUAAUCAGUGGUAUAGUGCUUCUGCUUUUGUAUUAUCUACUUCAAAAGACUUAUGCCUGAAUUGGAUACUUGCAGUACUACGCUUGCUUUAUAUAAAACCGUUUUGGUGUUACCACAAUGCGAGCCAAGUCAAACAUUUUGCAUUUGAGCUCAACAUCAAACCUCUAGGUUUAUGGAGGUAUGAUUCGCUGAUACAAACCAUUUGAAAUGUCUCGUUUUGGGGCCACAUUCUAAAGCAGGGCAACACAGCCAAUCAGAGUCCAGAAAAGUCUUCAACAUUUCUCUGGACUAUAUCUUCAAUCUUUCGCGGCCCCCCAAAAAAACAAAUCGGGGUUUGGGGGCAGUACAUAAAAUUUAUUGUAAAGGGCUAUGAGACUCGGGGCGUCGUUUGACCAGGGCCUGACCUAUAAGCAAAAAUUAAAUUUUCAAAAAGACAAAACGAAUAAGUUUGGUCUCUUUCACUAUCGUUGAAUCUUAUAAGCAAUCAUGCAUACAUCUUUAAUGCAAAUUUUCCCUGUUUAUCGAAAAUUAUUACGUAUGAUUUCUUACUAUCAAUUUUUGCGGGGACACUCAAAUAGCGGGGGGAGGACAUCGGGGAGCCUGAAUGAUUACUUCCAAGCUUCGGCUAAAAGCGUUCUUUGUCUGCGUUGCCCUUCGUGGUGUCUAGCGUCUGCUAUUGAGCUCUAGACAGAAGCAAUUCUAUGACGGUGUUAUUGUAAAAAACCUCAAGAGAUCCUAAUCUAAGAUAAAAGUUCAUUUUGUCAAAGGUCAAAAGACACGCAUAUGAGCAACUUUCUGACAAAGGAAACAGCACGCUCGCUUAACUAUCGGCUAUUAUUUUGCAAAUGACAAAGCAGCACCACGACUGGCAUUAAAAGAUAGCUAAAAGGCCAGCUGAAAGAUUCCUUUGCUAAAACGCCAGCUGAAAGAUUCCUCUGUAUGGCUCUUGCAUUAUGGUAAAUGGAAUUAGGCCCGUAGGAAUAGCAGUCUACUCAGAGAAACAGAACUUCGAGGCUAGUCAUGUAUCCUCAACAAAGACGAUCACCCUCACAAUUUGAAGUUGUCGAGAGAACAAGCGAUUCUGAUGUGGUUUGCAGUUCACAUAGUCAUUCAUCGAAGGCAAGCAGUGUGCUUACAAGGGUGAAGUCCGAAGAGGAAGACAAGGAGUUGGAUUCGGUGGAAAACUUCGAGAUUGAGUUUGAUCCAGGAGACGAAGUCUUCAACGAAGACCCGGAUAAGGGCAUUAUGGAAUCGCUGAUGGAACACAUUGAAGAAAACGCAAAAAACACCUCCAUUGCAAUAAACAACGAAGUUGAUAUGCUGAUCUUGGCAUUGAAUGAACGCAGGAAAGAGUUGCUAGUCGAGGUUGCUGCUGAAAGGGAAAGGAAGAUCAACCGCUUGCGAAACAAGCGAAGGAACUAUGCAAGAUCGUUCUGCAAGGAUGUUUCAAAGGAGAAUUCAGGAGACGAUUAUCGAUACAGAUCAAACGAUGACUCCAUACUGGACACACAACGCGAUGCUCGGACAGUCGAAAACUUACGGCCACUACAGUGUGGCGACCUAAGGCUGAUAUGCGAGUCAAGUGUUUACGAAACAGUGCGGGCAUUUGGGAAAAUUGAGGGAAGUUUAGCAUCUGGCGUGCAUUCUGAGGCUAUGGGCCUUGGUUUGUCCUAUUCCUUCAUAGGGGAAGAAGCCUCAUUUAACGUUGUAACACGUGAUAAUACAAUGAAAAAGACAUUCUCAGGGCACGACAACGUUAAGGUGGUUGUACACGGACCAGCCGGGCAGGUUAUAACCGCUCUCAUCAACACAAAAAAUAGCGGGGUACACACAGUCAAGUAUAUACCAAUGGUACUAGGUUACCAUAAGAUUCGCGUCUUUGUGAACAAGCUGGAGCUGAUUGAAAGUCCUUUCACUUGCGAGGCAUUUUCAAAGGAAAGUCUUUCGUUUGAGCAAGGUGUGCUGCGAUUACCUGGUUUGGAUAACCAUGACGGCUGGGUGCUGAACAAAGAAGAAACCUCGGCGCUUUUGGAAAGCAACGACCAGGCAGGAGCGCUUAUUUUUGGAACGCAAUGCUUUUCUGGCGGUAAACACGGCUGGAAGAUAAAGUUCACGUCGGCAUGCACGAGUGUAAAUAUCUCAAUUGGAGUGUCACCGAAGACUAGGAUACUCGAUAUUGACAUCAAACACACGUGCAUGUUUAGCCUCGACUCGGUGAAUGUCGGCUAUUCGCCAAGAAGCAAGUCAAAACCGAGGAGAAAACUGUCCACGUUUCACAGGGAAUCGAGGACAUUCUUUGUGUUGUUGGACAUGGAACAAGAGAUGCUGACUAUAAUUUGCAUGGAAACCGAGGAGAGAAAAUACAUCAAUAUUCCAAUGGUGAUAAGAAAUUUGUAUCCAUGUGUCUAUAUGGUGCAUGAUUGUACUAAAAAUGUUUGUCCUAGACCGUUAAUUGCAUUUUCAUAAAUCUAAGUUCUUUGCAAAUAGGAAAAGAUUUACAAUUGGAGACAUGGACUGAUCUAUACUUAAACUAUUAGUAGAUACUGAUUUUAGCGAUUUGUAGAGGUUUUGUUGCCAGAAGGCAUCUGCAAACAGACGAAUCAACAAUGGACGAAUCAAAGCAACAAGUUUAAAGUUUUGAUGUAUAGAGCACAUUUCUGUUAAAAAAAUUGAACUGUUUGUGUACUUUAUAAAGUAUAUAGGCAUUACUAAUUAGCAUUGGAUUAUCAAUGAUUAAUUUGGAUCUUUAAGAAGAGACUCUAUUGUAGAAUUAUUUGCCUUUGUAAAUACGUACGUAUCAAUGAGAAACAUAUCUAUAGACUGGCAAACCUUAAAAUUCGUGGGUCAAGCAGGUUAAGAUGUUUCAAACCUAGGGUUAAUACCUAGGUUGUCAAUCAACUUUGGCCGAAUACACCCACGCUAAACGAUACUUGCAUCGAUACCAUCAGGCCUCAUGAAUACAAAUAAUAUGUAAUGAUGAAGGUAACAAAGCAGAUCUACUGCCAAAGGAUGCCAUUCGUCGCUCAAGUUUUUCGUGCAAUCUGAAACAUUGAUGCAAACAACACAAACGGAUGCCUUAAACAAACGUCUUAGCAACAAAAUUUGAGGUAUCAUUAAGCAAUGACAUCUGAGAUAAGCUUAUCAGUUCGUGUAUUGUAAUUGUGUUCCGUUGUGUAUAUAAAGUAGUUCUCGGAUGACGUAAGAAAAAGAAUUGAAUUGAGAAUACUGCCUUUGUGUCGUGUCUAUCGUCGCCUAUGAAAAACCUCGCGAUCCUGAGUGACUCUACAGCUCUGGAAAAACUAAUGCUAGAUUUUUCUAAAAAAUCUGAGGAUUUUGAAAAUUAAAGCAGAUCUACAUGCUUUUAAAUUAAAAAAGAGCGAUUAAUACUGCACAGCAAUGGGACUAGGGGUGAAAGACGACAACCUUUGUUCGAAAUUGCGAUUGCAAAGAUACAAACAUUUUUUAUUAUAAGAAUAUCUCAUUUAAGAAUAUUGAGGCUCAAAAUCAUUGAAAUUUAGGAAUAACUUAAGAAUGAUACAAGGCUCAAGAUUCACCAAGAAUUAAAUCUUUUAUUUACUUGAGUUUUUUUGGAAAGCAAAACAAAUGUGAGUUUCAGGCUAUAUUUUUUGAAUAGACGUAUCUGGCCUUGCAGUCAUUAAGACUAUAAUGCAACCUGGUUAUACUUUAUGUCGCUUAAGAAUGACGUAAGAACAAUCGUAGGCUCAAAAUAAA